UGUCAAUUGUCUAAUUAUUGGUUUCAGAAAUAAAGUCAGAUAGUUGAAUGUGUAUAUUCAAUAACUGGAUAAAUGAUGUUUUCACAUGAAAUAAAAACGUUCACAAUACGAUCUCAUCAUUCUAUUCAAAUGAAAAGGUUAAUAUUGAAUUGUUUGCUAAUUUUGUCAGUCCUCAUGCUGUAUUGUCUACUAUAUUCGUUCAUUGGAGUCAGCAAUGAUUUAAAUAAGUUUCAGGCAGAAAAAUACAGUGAAGUUAAAAGAAUUUGUGAAUAUUUGCUCACAACCAAAUGUGUGAAUCCCAAUAAUGGAGUUUUUGAAAGUAUUCAGUCAAAUCCGGACCAAAGCUCUAUGUAUUUAUCAAAUCCUCAAAAAUGUGAAGAGUUUAAAUUGUUCCAAGGUCAUGUCAUUCAAUCCUCAAUUGAAGAAAAACUAUUUCCUUUAGCAUUCAGUUUAUCUGUUCAUCAAAACAUUAAACAAGUAUCACGUCUACUUCGACUGAUAUACAGACCACAUAAUUUGUAUUGUAUUCAUGUAGAUUCUAAAUCCCCAAUUGAAUUUUAUGAUCAAGUGUUAGAGUUGGCCCGAUGUUUUGGUUUAAAUGUUAUGGUGUUGAACCGGACAGAAAGUAUAAAUAUUCAGUGGGGAUAUUAUUCCUUACUUGAAGCGUUUCUUGUAUGUGCGGACAAAUUAAUGUAA